CAGAACCCGUGCUCUUGGUCUAGACAUGUGCUGGCGGCUGUGAGUCGCGCAGAGCAGAUCAGACUCCGCUACGCUAAUUCCACCGACAAUAGAUGUGGGUCUCGAUGACGUAGGAAGACUCUCAUAGAUCGUCCACGGCAAAAGUUAAAAAGUGUUUUUUGUCAAGCUUUCUCAGUGUUCUUCUAGCAGUUCCCCGGUUGGGAACUUGCUGAGCAGUUUUUUUUCCGGAAUUUUCUCCUCGCGCGAUAAAAUAUUUGCUAAUCAUUUUGAUAGAAAAAGUUUUCAGGGAGCCAUUGGGACUGUGUAUAAAAUAAAUGGCAGCAUGUCCGCCGUACAGUUUCUUCUUCUUGCGGCACUGAUUUCAUCUAGUGGUGCUAACGAAGAUGUUUUGGUGGUAAAAAUUGGAGCCAUUUUCUUCGACACGGAAAUGAAGUUGGCCGAAGCUUUCAGUCUGGCAGUUGAGGAAGUGAAUGCAUUGAAUCCCGCGCUGAGAUUGGAACCCAUUAAGCACUAUCUGACCAUUGACGACAGCAUUGUGCUGCAAGACCUCUGUUGUGAUUUGAUUGGUAACGGGGUGGCCGCUAUUUUCGGACCAAGUUCAAAGACAAACAGCGAUAUCGUCGAAGUACUGUGUAACGUGACGGGAAUACCGCACUUGCAGUUCGACUGGCACUCCCAACCGACGCCCAGGGAGCUUCUCAACCACCAACUCACUGUGAAUGUGGCCCCAAUGGAGCUGUUCCUCUCGGCGGCCUUUUCAGAUAUCUUGGGUAGUGAGAGUUUCUCCUGGAAAUCUUUCACUAUUGCCUACGAAAAAAGUGCCCACCUUAGUCGAUUGCAGCACAUCCUAGCACUUAAACAGCUCCACAAAACGGGGAUUAAAAUGCAAGAGUUCGAGCGGGGAGGCGACUAUCGAAUUCUCUGGAAGCGCAUAAACAAUGCCCGUGAAAAGUUCGUCCUUCUUGAUUGUCCCUCUGACAUUUUGGUUGACGUUAUCAACGCCUCAAUUGAGUUUAAUAUGACUGGGUCAUUCAAUCACCUAUUUUUAACGAACCUUGAUACACAUAUAAGCGGAGUCGAUCGUUUUUAUUCGCCGGAGUUUACUGUGUCUGUGGCGGCUGUCAGAAUACGAACCUAUAUUCCCCCUCCGAUUCACGAUGAGAAAGAUGUAUUUAGCGAAGAUGCUGAUAACAUGUUCUUGUCACUUGGAACUCAACUUCUUUACGACUCUGUUGUCCUAUUCUACAAUGCCCUUUCGGAAAUUAGCCAGCGACCCGGAUUCUAUAUGCCACAAUUUAGUUGUGGGCGUGGAUUUUGGCAGCCAGGACCGCACCUAGUAGAACAAAUGAAACAGAUUUCCCCAAAGCAUGUCAAGCCUCCCUUCAAAACCCAAAGGCUACAGAUUAAUAACGAUGGCCAGCGGCAAGAUUUUAAUCUCGAAGUUUACAACCCCAUCAUUGAUCGCGUAACCCAUAUAUGGAAUAAAGAGUUUCGGCUCGUGGACUAUGAAAAAAUACGGGAGAACUCAACUCAGGCCGUGAAACAGAGAAGACUUCAAACCAAAGAGGAUUUCUCUCAAAAGCACAUCCAGUAUACUGUUUCCACUAGGGAGGGCGCACCGUACUUCAGCUGGCGAAAGCCACCCGAAGGCGGUCACUACGAGGGAAAUCAACGAUUUGAGGGCUAUGCGGUGGACUUGCUUUACGAGCUGGCAGAACAGUGCAAAUUCGAUUUCUCCUUUGAACAGGUAAAGGAUAACAAAUAUGGAAGUUAUGAUCCUGCAACAGAUGAGUGGGAUGGCAUUAUUCGACAAUUGAUUGAUAACAAUGCGCAAAUCGGAAUAUGUGAUUUGACCAUCACCCAAGCGCGUCGGUCGGUGGUGGACUUCACUGUACCAUUCAUGCAACUGGGAAUAAGCAUUCUGUCAUACAAGGAGGUACCACCGAGUCCGAAUAUAUACGCCUUUCUUAAUCCGUACGGAGUCGAAGUUUGGCUCUACGUAAUGAUCGCCAUGAUGAUCACGGCCCUCGCCCUGGUUUUAACCGGUCGCAUGGAUCAAUACGAGUGGGAGCAGCCGGUGGAGAACGAGGACCACGAUCUCGAGCAGGAGAACACCUGGCACUUGCACAACUCAAUGUGGCUGGUGUUGGGCUCGAUCCUCAACCAAGGAUGCGAUCUUUUGCCCAGGGGUUGGCCAAUGCGUUUGCUUACAGCCUCCUGGUGGAUCUUCGCGCUGCUCAUCUCCCAGACGUACAUAGCCAAGCUGGCUUCUUUUAUCACCAGUUCAAAGAUGGAAAACAGCAUCAACUCCCUGCACGACCUCGUUGACCAGAACAAGGUGCAGUUUGGCACCGUCCGCGGAGGCGCCACCUCAGUGUACUUCUCGGAGUCGAACGACACGGAAAACCGGAUGGCGUGGAACAAGAUGCUGUCUUUCAAGCCAGAUGCCUUCACCAAGAGCAACGAGGAGGGAGUGGAGCGGGUCAAACAUAGCAAGGGCAGGUACGCCUUUCUGAUGGAGACCACCAAUUUGCAGUACUACGUGGAGCGGAACAAAGACCUCACCCAGAUCGGGGAGAGUUUUGGAGAGAAGCACUACGGCAUAGCGGUUCCCCUAAAUGCUGAAUUCCGUUCGAAUCUCAGCGUGGGAAUUCUCAAGCUCAGCGAGAAGGGCGUUCUCUACAGGUUGCGCAAAAAAUGGUUUACCUGCAACAAUACUGCGUCCGGCUCGGAUCAAACUGACACCCAAAGUGACCAGUUCACCAUGGACUCUGUGAAGGGACUUUUCGUGGUGCUCAUCUUGGGCGUGGUUUUUGCUUUUUUUAUUGGCGUUGCAGAGUUCAUGUGGCACGUUCAGCGCAUAUCGGUAAAGGAGAAGAUUCCGCCUAUGCUAGCUCUGAAGGCAGAGUUUAUCUUUUUCGUUCGAUUCUGGUUGACCAAGAAGCCCAUUCACUCCUAUCGGCAGAGCCGUGAUUCGACUUCCACAGGCUACUCGUCGCUGGGGCCGAAUUCGAGUGCAUCGACAGCGAAAAAGAAGAAAAAGUCCCAAAGAGCUGAGGACUAUAGCCAUUGAACGUUCAUAUAAAUAUAUAUAUAUUUUGUAGAAUAAGUAUAUUUUACUGCCUAUUUUAGUUAAUACAUUUUUAUGGUGCACCCAAAAAGUUUAAAAAUAUCCAUGUCAUCGGAAUUGAUUAUUACAUAAUCUAGACUUUUGAAAUAUUUAAAACCCAGACCGACUUCCAUAAUUGUCUUCUUCAACAUCUGCUCGAUAAAGAAUACAAAAAAAUGAAAAUUAAAACCGCAUAAAGAUAGAAAAAUUUAAAGUAAUCAU